CAGAGCGUCCUCCGCGUCUCCAGGGACAACCUUGGCACUACCCUCUGCGGGCGCGGCGACGGUUAAUCAGAUUCCCGAUUGAGGGGGCAUGGCCGCCUGCCGCAGGGGCCAAUCGAAAGCCUGGGAGGCCCUAUAUGCAAAUAUGAGGGCCGGGAGGACCCGAGGUUAGGAGGGGCUCAGAUUGGGGUCGCGGUACCCUGAAUGUGGCUGCCAAUGGGAGCCUGAAUUCCUCCGAGAAGGAAUGGUUCGGCUAGGGUGAUUGCGGGCGAUCUGAGCCGCCCAGUCGGGGAGAGCCGGGGCAGUAGCAACGCGGGGAGGGCUGAUGUUUCCCCGGAGCCUCCUCCAGGGCUAGGAAGAUGCUACAGUGCCUGACUUUAGAAAGUGAGGAAGGGGCUGAAGAGAGGGAGGAGAGUUCCACAGAAGAUCUAGAGGAGCUAAAAAAAUUGGUCGCUCUGGCUUUUGUGAGAGAGAACACACAAAAGAGGCUUCAGAAUGCCCAGCAGCAUGGCAAGAAAAAGAGGAAGAAAAAAAGAUGAUUGGUGAUCAAUCUAUCCAACUGCCGGUAUGACAGCGUGCGCAGGGCUGCCCAGCAAUAUGGCCUUCGAGAGGCGGGUGACAAUGAUGACUGGACUCUCUAUUGGACCGACUACUCAGUGUCGCUGGAGCGAGUGAUGGAAAUGAAGAGCUAUCAGAAAAUCAAUCAUUUUCCUGGGAUGAGUGAGAUCUGCCGCAAGGACUUGCUGGCCCGGAAUAUGAGCCGCAUGCUAAAGCUGUUUCCUAAGGACUUCCAUUUCUUCCCCAGGACCUGGUGUCUUCCUGCUGACUGGGGAGAUUUGCAGACUUACAGCCGGACAAGAAAAAAUAAGACUUACAUUUGUAAGCCGGACUCGGGUUGCCAGGGGAGAGGCAUAUUCAUUACCCGGUCGGUGAAAGAAAUCAAGCCAGGAGAGGAUAUGAUCUGCCAGCUUUAUAUUUCAAAGCCCUUCAUCAUCGACGGGUUCAAGUUUGACCUUCGGGUUUAUGUGCUGGUGACCUCCUGUGACCCUCUCAGGGUUUUUGUGUACAAUGAAGGACUGGCUCGCUUUGCUACUACCUCUUACUCUCACCCCAACACAGAAAACCUGGAUGAGAUCUGUAUGCACCUGACCAAUUAUUCUAUCAAUAAGCACAGUUCCAACUUCAUUCAAGAUGCGCAUUCUGGCAGCAAGAGGAAACUCUCCACCUUCAACUCAUACAUGAAGACCCACGGCUACGAUGUGGAGCAGAUCUGGAGGGCCAUUGAGGACGUCAUCAUCAAGACUCUCAUAUCAGCUCACCCAGUCAUCAAGCACAACUACCACACCUGCUUCCCCAGCCACACGCUCAACAGCGCCUGCUUUGAAAUCCUGGGCUUUGACAUCUUGUUGGACCGAAAACUGAAACCCUGGCUGUUGGAGGUCAACCAUUCUCCAAGCUUUUCCACUGACUCCAAGUUGGAUAAAGAGGUGAAAGACAGCCUGCUCUAUGAUGCGUUAGUCCUCGUCAACCUGGGGAGCUGUGACAAAAAGAAAGUCUUGGAGGAGGAAAGACAGCGGGGACGGUUCCUGCAGCAGUGUCCAAACCGGGAGAUCAGGAUGGAGGAAGUCAAGGGCUUCCAGGCAGUGAGGUUACAGAAAACAGAGGAAUAUGAAAAGAAAAACUGUGGCGGCUUCCGGCUCAUCUACCCUGGUCAGAAUUUGGAGAAGUAUGAAAAAUUUUUCCAAGACAAUAGCUCCCUUUUCCAGAACACUGUUGCUUCCAGAGCCCGGGAGCUGUAUGCAAGGCAGCUGAUCCAGGAGCUGAGGCAGAAACAGCAAAACAAAUUCUUCCUAAAAAAAGAGAGGAAGGAAGAGAUGCAGGGCGAGUCUGCGGGUGAGCAGGCAAGAGACAAAAUCGUGCGACUCCAGCGACCGAGACAGCAGCCCAAGUGCAAGCCGGCCACCUGUCCCCCCAAACAAUCCUUCCAUCCAGUGAAUUUAGGAUCCCGAGCGUCUAGCCUGCUCUUAAAUAUCAGAGGCCUAAAGAAAAGUGAAACUGCCAGGAGCCUGGACCAGAAGGAUUCCAAGAAUGAGGUUGUCCUCAUUCCCUGCAAGCCGGUGUCUGCAAGGAACUACAGCUCUGUCCCUGACCUGAGGAGUUCAAACCCCAGCUACUCUGAGUUGGAGUUCCACAUGGCCAAUUCCAAAGUCAAGGAAGUCAAGUCGGCCUUUUCAGUGAACAUAGUCAGCAGUGCCCAGGUGUUAGGUCCCCUGGGGCUGCGAGCAGCCAUGCGGGUGCUGAGAGUUGAACCUGGACUCUCUUUCAUGGCUGACCCAUCUCUCCAGCCCACAGCAGAGCCAUCUGAACAGCUCUCAAAGGUGUUUGGUUACUGCAGCCAGAGCCAAGUUAAAAAAACCUUGUCAGAUGCUGAAUUUGCAGACCAUCUUUCCACCUCGAAGCCCAUAACACCUGUAGAAACUUCCCCAGAUGCCACAGCCCCCAUCUCAACGUCUCUAGAAUCCCUGGCGAGCAGCCUCUCCACCACCCCGGAGUGCAGCAGCCCUGAGAGUAUCCACAUGGCCUCCUAUAAUCACAAGCAGCAGAAGGCCUCCAACAAGCCGACCCAGGAGAAGAAAUCUAAGCCGCUCAUGUUUUCCAAAUCCAGGCAGCUGGACCUGAACUGUACCUCGAUGAAGAAUGACAUUAAGAAACAAUAUCUGAUGUCAGAGAUACUGCAGAAGGUUCAAAUGAAGAAGAAACGCCCCUUGUUCCCAGUUCCCAAGACACAAUACCCAUCCUUGUCUAAGGAGCGGUACCCUCACGGCCGCAGCUCCGGCAGGAAGAAAGGAAUGGAGGCACACUCUGUCGUCAUCCUGCAGAGUUCUCACAGCCAUGCUGAAUCUCUGAAUGACCUUCUGGUAGUUGCCACUCAGGCCCGUCUGGACCCUCGGCCCAGCAGAAGCCAUUCGGGCACUACGACAAGGGACUCUGGCACACAGGCCGAAGCACACUGCCACUGCCUGAGGUCUGGUCAGAAAGGAUGUGAGAGAAAUCAGCAUCACAAAGACAAGAAAGAAAGAAAAGAAAAAGGGACGAAUUGGCCUUACCAUUCCAGAAGACUUUGUAAAAGUGUCUGCAACACCUUCAGAAUGGACUGGAAGUUUCAUUUCCACAUCUAGAAAUUUCUGGUCUGAUAACUAUGUCUCACCGGCACCUUUGAGGACAGCAGUCUUCUCUUCUGUGCUCUCCCUGUUAGUUCACAGCACUGUGUGUGUGUAGGACCAGGACUUGCAGGGCUUGAGCACUGCUUCCCCAGGACAAAGUCCAGCUGCCUUAGCUGUGGUGCUCCUCUGGGUCCCUCACACAAUGGCCACUGUCAUCCAGAACACUCCCUUGGGGGAGGGGGUCAAGCAACUUGAGGGAGGAGUGAGGGGAGGACUCAUGAUUUCCAUGAGUCCAGAGCCUUCAUUCCACCUGCAAGCCCGUGCCAGUCCCCGUCCUCCUCUCCAAAGAAAAAGAAGGCAGAGUCUGGACUAAGUGUGGUGGAAUUCUGAGUCUGGGUGGAAAGAAGCAGGACAGUUUCAACUCACCAGCAGAAGAGAGACCAUUGCCCUCUCCAGCUAACCCAAAGGCUUGCCACCCCAGUACCUGGACUGUCUCCUGCUGCUAUCUUCCCUUCAGUCUUGCUGGCAAAGACAGGUAAUGUGAGAGAGCCUAGCCUGCAGGUGUUUCUUCCAUUGACCUGCAGAAAUUAUAUGUCUCCCCUCAUGUAUACAUUGAUAAAAUAAAUUGCCAAGCUCAAUA